AUGUCCAUUAUAGAGCAAGUCUCCAAGGAGCUCUUGAGAAAACAAGAGGUGGAAGAUAUAUUGGUGGCGCCUGGCAGCCUUUGCCACCCACUAAUCCUGUCUUUUCCUGGUGUCUCCUCUUUGUCUGCAGAAGUCCACGAGAUAGCUUCAACAGAGAAGCAGAAGGAAAAGGAAGAUAAAGUAACUAGUCCAGAGGAAGCUGAAGAAGCAAAAUUAAAAACAAGGUAUCCUCAUCUGGGACAAAAGCAUGGAGGUUCAGAUUUCUUAAGGAAAUGUUUGUAGAAAGGGCAAAAUUACUUUCUUUCUGGGGAUUACAACCUGGCAAAAGCCAAAAUGAAGAACAAGCAACUGUCUACUGCAGCCCCGGAUAAAACGGAGGUCACUAGUGACCAUACUGGCACUCCUCGGGACCUUCCCCACUGGAAGCCGUCCCUUGUUGCUAGCAAGCUGGCUGGGAUGGCUGAUUAAAAGAGCCAACUCACGAAUCGUCUAAUUCUCAUUAUUUCUUCUUACAAUGCUAUCUAUCCACUUAUUUCCUUUCAUUCUGUAAGUCAUUUGAGACUGACAGCUUUGCAGUUAGAGUAGUGUGUGCAGCAAUAAUAGUUAGAGUAUUGUGUGCAGCAAUAAUAGUAAGAAAUAUACAUGUGUAGAGUUUUUGAUUGAACAGUGAACUGACGAAAAAGACACGUUAGAGCAACAUCAUCUACUUGAAAAUAAUUGUAUAUAUUACCUAAAUCCUAGUGUAGGUUCCAACAAGUAACAAUUUUCACAAUUUUAAUGGUUUGGCUUUACUUACUUCAUCUUCAGUAUGGAUUUGUAUGUUACUCUUAUUUAACAUAACCUCUGUUGUAUUGAUUUUUUUCUGUAUUUUCCUUUUGGAUUUUGUAAAACCUUAAGACCACAAGUUCUAAGAAAAAUCACUUAAUUCAA